AUGAUUCGACAAAACAGGCUUGCUUUUCUACUAUGUCAACUACUUUUAUGCAUUGAUUUCACAGCAGCUCAAUUUACACAAACAACUGUGAUUCCAUCCAUUUUACCUUCGCAAUGCUACGACUAUACAACAAUUACGGAUGGUUCUAGAAAUGUGAAUGCUGUAGGCAGUACCAAUUGUGAUACAAUUUUUUUAUCUGGUUCAAGAUGGGUUCGUUUCAUGGGUGAUAGUGGUACACAAUUGUCUACAACGCCUACUGAUCCUAAUCAAUGUGGUACACAAGUUACUGGAUGGUAUUCAGGACUUAUGCCAGCCGUCACACAAACGGUUACUAAUGGACAAGUAUGUUUUUCAUGGCACAGUAAUAGUUGUACAUGGUCGAAUACGAUUAGUGUUACUAAUUGUGGAUCGUUCUAUGUGUACGAAUUGAGCAUGCCUCCAGUAUGUGCUGCACGUUAUUGCACGAAUACACCAUCUAUUCUUCAAACAACAACGACUACACCAACGACAACAACUUCAGAAAUAUACUCUUCUCAAUGUUACAGUUACACAACUGUUGAUGAACCAUCGAGACAUGUAAACGCAUCUUAUAUUGGUAAACAAUGCGAUAAAACUAACUCAAUCCUUUCCACUACUGGUUGGUUUCGAUUUGUUGGCUCAGGUGGCACUCAAUUACCCACAUAUGCAUUAAAUUCAAACCAGUGUAGCACAGAUGCACCUGGGUGGUAUUCAGGAACUAUGCCAAAUACGCCAGGCUUAACUCAGAAUGGAACAAUAUGUUUCAGCUGGGAAGGCAACUCUUGUAAAUGGUCAAACAGUAUUCAAGUUACUAAUUGCGGAUCUUACUAUGUCUAUCACUUGUCACCACCGGCAACUUGUAGUCUACGCUACUGUACUGAUACACCCAUUGUCGCAACUACAACUACAACUACAACUAUAACUACAACUACAACGACAACUACAACUACAACUACAACUACAACUACAGAAACCACAACAACUACAGCAAUAUUGUCUUCACAGUGUUAUAAUUAUACGACAAUUGAUGAAGAGUCAAGAAAUACUAACAAACCAGGAGGUUCUGAAUGUGACCAGGCAACGUUCGCUCCUGGUCCACGAUGGGUACGAUUUACUGGUGUUGGUGGGACCGAAAUACCUACGAAGGCAGUUGGACCUAAUCGAUGUGGUACUAUGGCAACUGGUUGGUAUUCAGGUGCAAUGCCUACCGUCGUAGAUACAACUUCAAGUGGGUCUGUAUGUUUCGACUGGGAUUCUAAUAGUUGUCAAUGGAAAAAUGACAUCAAUGUGACUAAUUGUGAUUCUUAUUAUGUCUAUGAACUAAGACCAUCUCCAGGAUGCUCUAUGCGAUAUUGCACUACUAAUACACCAACUGCUAAAGUAUCCAAAGGAGUUACAUCAAUUUCGGAUUAUAUUAAAAAUUUAUUCAAGAAACUGAUAUCAUGA